GGGCGGGUCUCAGAGCGUCUUCCCCAAUGGGCGGCGGUCGCGGGAGUGGGCGUGGCCGCUGCUCGAGGGCUACCGGCGGGCGGCUGCCGCAGUUCCGCGCGCGCUGGCUUGGGCGGCCGCUCCGCAGCAUGGCCGGCCUGGGGCGGCCGGGCCCGGGGCCCCGCGCCGGGAUGCCCGCCUGGAAGCGGGAGAUCCUGGAGCGGAAGCGGGCCAAGCUGGCGGCCCUGACCGGGGGCUCGGCGCCGGGGACCGGGGCGGACGCGGCGGGACCCGCGGAGCCGGCGGGCGAGCGGCUCGUGCUGGCCGAUAGCCUGGGCCCGCUGUGCGAGAACCCGUUCAUGCGGCUCGAGUCGGAGCGGCGGCGCGGAGCGCGGCGCGGCGGGGGCGCGGGCGCGGGCGCGGCGGGGGCGCGGCCGGUGCAGCAGCUCGUGGAGCUGUACCGCCGGGUGCCGGGCGUGCGGACCAUCCGGGCCGACAACAUCCUCAUCAUCGAGUCGGUGCCCGGCUUCCCGCCCGCCGCUCCCGACCCCGCCACGGGCCUGGCUGCCCGCAUCCGCGCCGCCGAGGUGCUCGUGUACGAGGCGCCGCCUUCGCCCGGCCGCGUCAGCCGCCUGCUCCAGAAGUUCGACCCGCCGUCCGCGCCGCGCCGUCGCGGGAGCCCGGAGCGCAGUCGCCCGCCGCCGCCGCCGCCCCAGCAGCCUGUCCUCGGCCCGGCCGCCCCGCGCGUGGGCGAGCGCGCCGCCUGCUUGGAGCCCGAGCGGCGCGGCCCAGGGCCCGGCGCCCGGCGCGGCGACUUCUUGCAGAAGACCAGCAACAACUCGUUCACCGUCCACCCUCGGGGCCUGCACCGCGGGGCGGGCGCUCGCCCGCUCCCCAACGGGCCCGCGGCCCCGGAGCCCCCGGCCGGCGCUGCCAACGGCAUCGCGGGCUCCGGCCCCGGGCCGGGCGAGUACAAGCCAAAGGUGGAGUCGGGGGAGCCUCCCGCCCACCCGCCCCCCAGCCCCGGGACCCCCAGUGCCACUCCAGCCUCGCCCCCGGCCUUGCCCAGGCCCAGCCCUGCCAGUGCCACUCCCAGCCAGCGCCACUGGGUCUCCUCGGCCACCAGCGCCAACGACUCCUUCGAGAUCCGGCCGGCCUCCAAGCCAGAUAUGGACACGAUUCCCGCGGGGGACCUGCAGGCCCGGGCCCUGGCCAGUCUCCGUGUGAACUCCCGCAACUCCUUCGUGUUCAUCCCCAAGCGCAAGGCCACCGGGGCGCCUCUGCCCCAAGGGAGGCAGCCGGGGAGGCUGCCAGAGGGAGCGGCUGUCCGGGCCUCCCAGCGCCCGCAGCGUGGAGCCCCGCUGGCGUCUGGGGCUGAUGGUGCACCUGUCCAAGAGAGGGGCCCCUGGAGGGCCCAGGAGGGGGCCUGCCCCCGGCCGGCCACUGCCCUAGUGGACCAGGCUGUUAGGUGGCAGCGGCCAUCCUCGCCGCCCCCAUCCCUCCCGGCUGCCGCCGAAGCCGAGCCUUCCCAGGGCUUCGGGGUUUCCGGCUUGGCCAAGAACGGCGGGGAGCCUGGAAGGCCAGGGCUGCCCGUCACCUUCAUCGAUGAGGUGGACUCGGAGGAUGAGGUCCCCCAAGAAGCCAAACUGCCCUGCUCGGGGGCCAGCGUGCCUCCCCAGUACCACCCACCGGAGCGCCUGCACCAGGGCGGCCACACCUUCACGGUGGUGCCCAGGAGGAAGCCAGGGGUCCUGCCGGCCAGUGGGGAGCCGGGCCCCCUGGAGGCGGAGGAAGUGGAGGGGGACCGCCUGCCAGAGCUCCCUGCUGGCCUGGGGGCCGCGCCGAAGAAGCGCUACCCCACCGUGCACGAGAUCGAGGUGAUCGGCGGCUACCUGGCCCUGCAGAAGUCCUGCCUCACCAAGGCGGGCUCCUCGAGAAAGAAGAUGAAGAUCUCCUUCAAUGACAAGAGCCUGCACACCACGUUUGAGUACCCAUCCGAGAGCUCCCUGGUGCAGGAGGCCCAGGCGGAGGCCGAGGGCGAGGAGGCGGCGGAGGAGGAGGAGGAGGACGACGAGGAGGAGGAGGACGGCUCUGGCUUGAACGGGGCGGUGGAGAAGCCCUUCGCGCUCUUCCUGCCCCGAGCCACCUUCGUGAACAGCGUGGCGCCCGACAGCCCUCGCCUGCCAGACGGCAGCUCAGGCCUGUCCAGCUACACUCCCAAGCACUCCAUGGCCUUCAGCAAGUGGCAGGAGCAGCCUCCGGCACAGGCCCCGGGGGAGGUGGAGCCCUCACUGAAGGAGGUCAUGCUCACCCCCGCCAGCCACAACGACCUUUCGGACUUCGGCAGCGAGCUAGCCCUGUAUUUCUGACGCCAGUCCCACCAGGAUGGCCGGGCUCCACCCUCAUUCUGCAGACCCCCUUCUGCUCUGCCAGCUCUGCUCCCCCAAAGCCCA